AUGGACUGUCCAGCGGGUGUUGUGACGGACAAUUACGAUAUUGUGGAGGAUGAUGAGUUGUGGGCUCGGAUUGGAAUCGAUUGGUCAGAAAGAUCGGAAAGAUCGGAAAGAAGCGGCGAUGGCCUUGACAAUGAGUUGUGGGCUCGGAUUGGAAUCGAUUGGUCAGAAAGAUCGGAAAGAUCGGAAAGAUCGGAAAGAAGCGGCGAUGGCCUUGACAAAGUUGACAAACUUGACAAACUUGACAGUGAGACCGUUGCGAGCCCCACCCAGCGGAGCACGUCUUUGCCACCGGAGCUGCUGCGCGCCACACCGCUGUAUGAGGCCUUGAGUGGCUGGUGCAGACAUUGGCAGGGAAGCGACAGUGAAGUAGAACUGUUUCACUUCAGCCGACCUGUUAACUCCAUAGAUGUAUUCUUGAACCUCGGUGUAUUUGGCGUGAUGUGGAAGGCCCAGUGGAAGGCCUAUGAAGGGCAGUGCGGGAGCCAUGAUUGGCAAACAUCACGAUGGAUGAAGCUGGUGACUCUGUUUGUGGUCUUUAACUCCCAAGCAGCAGCUUUGACCUCAUUGCUGUUAAGCGCGGCACUGGGCUUUGCGGAGGUGUACGUGGGAGCCCACGUUUUGCCUCUGAACUUGUGGGUCUUCUGUGGAUACAUGGUCUUUCUGGUCCAACUGUGCUUUUGGCAGCGGAUCCGGAGUUGCUUUGUUGCACCCUGGAUGGUUUUUCUCGACAAAAUGUGCAUCCAUCAGACGAACAUGCCCUUGAAGCAGCAGGGAAUCGACGGUCUGGGAACCUUUGUGAAGCAUUCUGAAAAACUACUGGUCCUGUGGUCUCGUCGAUACUUCACUCGCUUGUCCCUUGGCGGAACAGCUUCACUUGUGUACAGUGUAAAGUUACUCUGA